AUGGGGUUCCUCGCUACUCUCAUCGACCGUGGCAUUUCCCACAUCGACGGAGCAGCGGCCAGACGAGGACCCAAGUAUAGCCCAGACAGCUACUGCGGCCGCCGCCUCGCCGGGCUCGAAACAGGGCCGAUUCCCAACCGAGGUCCCGAGACUUCAGCCGGGCUUUGGAUCCUCGUCUCCUUCUCUACUACCUUCCUCGCUGCGAGGUUAUACCUCAAGAUGUACCGACUGAAGGGGUUAUGGUGGGAUGAUUACUUUCUUGUUCUUGCUUGGCUCACUCACACCCUCUCCGCCACCCUCGCCCAAGUCUCCAUCUCCCUCUUCGGCCUCGGCCACUACCCCUGCGACAUCCCCUCCCCGACAACCUCCAUCCCGCGCCUGACUCUCGUAGGCGACCACUUCGGCGCCAUGUUCUCCAUGUUCGCCGUCGCGCUCUCCAAGACUUCCUGGGCCGUCACUUUACUUCGGCUUGUUCGCCGGGGGUCUAGUAGUACCUCCUCCUCCUCCUCCUCCACCACGUCCUCUUCUUCUUCCCCGGGACAACACCAGCGCCAAUACGCAGUCUGGAUUGUCUGGUUCGUCAUCAUCACCAUCUGUCUCAUCAAGGGCGCUCAGGGGGUCUUGGUUUGGAUUCCCAAAUGCGGAUCACCGCAGGUUGCGCCUGCAGCAUUGGGGGAUUCGAAAGAUGAUAAUGAUGUGUCACAUCAUGAUGUGUGUGUGAGGAUCGAACCGCUGAACGGGUUCGCGACGUUCGCGGGGAGUGUCAGUGGGACGUAUGCUAUUUUGCUGGCGGUGGUCCCGUGGAAGACGAUUUGGGGCACGAAUUUGGGCAAGAGGGAAAAAGUUGGAGUGGCGACGACGAUGAGCGUGGGGGCGGUGAGUGGGGUGGCGGCUUUUGUGCUGGCGGUCAAGAUGAGGAGGAUUACGAGUGAGAAUUUUACUUACGACUCAGGCGCCAUUAUAGUGUGGUCUACCGCCGAGACGAGCACGACCAUCAUGGCUGCUUGCAUCCCCGUCCACCGCGCCUUCUGCCGCCAACUUCGCAAGAAGCUGCUGGCGCAGAACCGCUUGCAUAGCAGCAAGCCACACUCGACGCCGCCGUCGACGGGCAAGAAUGGUGUCGGGGGUAGUACGACAUUAACCACCCUGAACAGUGGCAACUUUCAUUCCGUCCCCGAUAAGCUUUCCCAACAUGGCCGCACGGGAAGUGAUUGCUUGUCGUUGUCUUCAGGUGGUGGAGGGUGUCAUGCCCCGACUGAUGACAGCGCAAGCGACAAGGCCAUUUUGCAGGUUCGUGACAUUGAGAGUUGCGAUAUAAAUGGGCGUGAGGUAGUUACCUCAAGGAACAGCGGAAGGAUCUUGAGGACGCAGGAGGUCAAGGUGGAAUACCAUCAUCAUCCUGAGAUUUUGGAUGGGAGGGAUGUGUUGGAUGAGAGGGCGCAGUCACAACAAGUGUAUGCGUUAAAGGAUAUGGGAACGCGGGGAGAUUCAUACAAGGGUAUAAAUGAUUAG